GUCAAGGAUACCACUGAUUCAUUCAACUAGCAAGUGUUUCCUCAGUCUUCAUAUCUAACGACUACAGUUAUCGUGAAGUAUCCUCUGUCCAAACAAAAUAUUCCCGUCACAUUUAUCAAGUCAACGCUACCAUCGUAAUGUAAUAAUGGUUGUCCUGUCGAGUGCAUUUCUUUUCGUUAUAUACUGCAUUGGAAUUAGUCGAGCAUCGAAUAUUACCAAUAUUGGAAAUUUUACAUUCACCUGGUCGAACGGUACGAAUAUUCUUCUUCAUCCAAAUGGGACGUCAUCAAUAACCGAAGAAGUUGAUUGCUUUGGUCUGGGAACAACACUCGCACGUGGAUUAGAAUGGUUUUUCAAGAGCAAAGCGAAUGGCUCGCAGGCAUUGGAUGUUCGCUUUUACUUAUCAUCCAGGAAAAUACCACAACGUGGAGAAGUUAUGUUAGGUAAACAGUUUGGCCUGGAAUGGGUGGAUUUUAAAAUCGAACGUCGUACUGUUCUUAUCGUACAUGGAUUUUUAUCGCAAAGUAAAGAACCAUGGAUAAAACAAAUGGAGGAUGCAUUUCUCUUCUGGGACGACGUUAAUGUGAUCAUUGUUGACUGGAGUGCUGGUGGUAACACAUGGAAUUAUUACAAGGCAGUUGUAAACACAAGGAUAGUGGGAGCUCGUAUCUCAAGAUUCCUGAGUCAGCUAGUAAAUGCGACUAUCAACUCUGACAACUCUAAUGAUAUCAAUUGGGGUCCAUUGUAUUUAGUGGGUCACAGUCUUGGCGCUCAUAUUUGUGGCUUUGCAGCAAAUCAAUUUGCAAAAUUACAAACUAAGUGGAUUAUUCAGAGAAUAACUGGGUUAGAUCCAGCACAGCCGUGUUUCAGAUCGACUGAUUCUUCGAUGCACUUAGAUAAAACUGACGCUCCAUUCGUAGACAUUAUUCAUACAAAUGGAAGAUUGCUGUUCCAUUUGGGACUUGGUUUACCUCAUGCAAUAGGACAUGUCGAUUUUUAUCCAAAUGGCGGAAUGAAACAGCCGGGUUGUUUUACGCCUAGUUCGUCAUAUUUUAACUUCUUGCCAAAAUCAAAAAUUGAACAAACGAUAUGUAGCCAUGGACGCUCCUAUCUCUAUCUCACUGAAUCAUUAAUAUCUGCCGUAUCAAGUAAUUGUACAUUCUGGGGGCAUCAUUGGGACUUAACAUAUAGAGGAGCAUUAGAAACUGCUGCUAAAAUUUGCAACGCAUCAAUUUGUCCAGAAAUGGGCAUAAAUGCUGACAAAUAUUCUCAUCGUGGAAGUUUCUUUGUGCAUACUGCAAGCCAGUCUCCAUUUUGUGUCGGAGAUAUUGCCAAAGAAUUCAACCUUAAAACUCAUUUAUUGGAUGAUCUGGCCACUGAAUUGAAAGAUUAAUC